AACCGGAGGCCCCGCCCUUCCGGAGCACGCCCGGCCCACGUUGAUGACGUGAUACAGGCUGCGCCCGUGCGUACGGCUAGCUGGAAAGUAGGCUCGCAACCUGAGCAGAGCUCAGCCGCAUCUCUAUGGGGAAAAUCGCGCUGCAGCUCAAGGCCACGCUAGAGAAUGUCACCAACCUCCGGCCAGUGGGCGAGGACUUCCGGUGGUACCUGAAGAUGAAAUGUGGCAACUGUGGUGAGGUCUCAGAGAAGUGGCAAUAUAUCCGGAUGAUGGACAAUGUGCCACUGAAGGGAGGUCGUGGCAGCGCCUCCAUGGUUCAGAAGUGCAAGCUUUGUGCGAGGGAAAACUCCAUCGACAUACUGAGCAGUACCAUCACAUCUUACAAUGCUGAAGACAAUGAGAAGUUCAAGACAAUAGUAGAGUUUGAGUGCCGGGGCCUUGAACCAGUUGAUUUCCAGCCACAGGCCGGGUUUGCUGCUGAGGGUGUGGAGUCAGGCACAGUCUUCAGUGACAUUAAUCUGCAGGAAAAGGACUGGACUGACUAUGACGAAAAGGCUCAAGAGUCUGUGGGAAUCUAUGAGGUCACCCACCAAUUUGUGAAGUGCUGAGCCCUCUUCCUGCACAUUUGCCUCUAAGAACUGAGAAGGGACAGAGUGCCCCAAGGAGCAGAGCCCACUCAUGAGGCUGGACCCCUCAUCCUGCAUCCUGGGGCACUUGAGCCCUUACCCUGCAUACCAUGCUGUCUGUCACAUGCAGUCCCAGUGUGUGUAAGCCCCAGUCCCGGGUCCCCACAAUAAAGCCUAUUUGUGCUGCA